UACAGGACCAUUUAGUUAAUCUUAACAUCUUCAUUUGGGAAUCUUGUUUCCAAUGGAAAAAUGAAAGCUUUGAUGCUGUUAACGUUUUUCUGUUUGGUAUCUGGUUGCUAUGGUAUUCAAUGUUACCAAUGCGACUCUCUGAACUAUGCCGAUUGUCACGUGACACAAUGUCCGGGGAAGUCCUGCCAGACAAGAUCGAUGAUGAACGGAAUGGUCAGUCACAUGUGUGGGGAUCCAAACGGCAAGAAGGGCUGCAUCGACGAGUUUGGCGCCCAGAUUUGCACUUGUACAGACGACAAAUGUAACGCACCAAACUUUAACGCCACCUCUAGCGGCGGAUACGGAAACUCGGGAAAUUCGUGGGGCUCCGGUUUCAAUUCGGGAGGCUCCGGAAGCAUGAAUGGCCAGCAAGGUUCCGGGUCGAACACUUGGGGUAGUUGGGGUAAUGGAAAUAAUGGCGGAAGCGGGUCCGGUUGGGAGAAUUGGGGCGGUAACCAGGGUAACGAAUGGGGCAAGCAAUUCUCUGGUGGUAAUGGGAAGGACGGGUUUCACAAAUGCGAGAACGGCACGAAUUGCUACAACGCUUCCACCACUGGAAGGUUCGUCAGUCUGAAUCUCGUGUGUUGCGCAAUCUACAUUGCAAUGUGGUUCUAAAGGCACUUGUUUACAGAUUUUCGUAUUUAAAAAAAGUCAUAACAUAUGUUUACUUACACAUUUAUGAUAUUUCAAAUAGUCAUUACUAAUCAUAAUAGCAAUAAAAUAAUUUAGUUAUCAAUCAUUUCCGUCCACGGUAUUCGAACCCGGGACCUUUGGAAGUAAAAGGUACAGCUGCACCAAGUACACUUUUAUAUGCACAUGCAAAAUAAUUACCGCUAUGAUAGUUCUCAAGGUAUUUUCCAAAUAGUAAAGAAGAAACGUUGCUUACUUUAUCAUUUUAAGAGUUUCGAAUGAUUAUAAUCCAUAUGUAAGUCGGUAUGUUUGACCUUUUUAGUCAGGAGUGUUAUAAAAAAGUAUAUAAUAUUCUUUAUUAAAUCCAUCACAGUAAUUUUAAAAUUAUCAUUUGAAUAAACUGUGAACA